AUGACAUAUCAUCGACACGAGCAGGUCUUGUACACGUCCCUCUUCCGACUCUAUCGAGCUAUUGGUGAUAUCAAUCGACAAACCGGGGCGUCGAAGUACAUGUUGUAUCUCAUCCUAGGCGGCAUCGCGACCAUCGGCAUCACGAUGCUUAUGCCCUACCAGUGUGUCUCAGCUAACACAGCGGCCGAUAAUGACACGAUUCUUGGACAUCCUGGUGGCGCUGUUCGAAAGGUCAUUCAUUCGUACAACUACACUCUUCUGUUAGAUAAUACUCCCGGUCCCUGGAAUCGUCAUGUCAACGAUGAUCUGCAGGUCAGCCUGGCUCCCCGAUCAGGGAUAGAGGACUACUGUUGCGUGGUCGUGAAGAGCCGCGGCAUCGGACCUGCACACAAUGUCAAAGUGACCCUGUAUGAAUCGAACAAUCCCACACUCACCCUCUGUCAGGAACACCUUUCAGCGCGGGAAAUUUCGAGGCUCCGCGGUUCUCUCGGUGAGAACAAGCAGCAACAACGCUUCCUCGGACCGUUCUCCUGGGUCGCAGAUACCAAUCGAUCAUUUGAUAUGGUUUGUGUAUUGGCUGUCAUCAACGUCGACGAGAACACUGGACUGGAUUGGCCUGCGCCACGGGACCUAUCGAUCUAG